AUGGCGUCUGGUUUCGGUCUCAAUGGCGGUCCUUCCCGCUGCUACAACUUCUGGCAGGAAGUCCUCGGCUGCUACGUCGUCAAUGCUGGAGAGGGCGAAUCUGGCAAAAGAAAGUGCCUGCCCGCCUUGGAGGAUUACCACGAGUGCCUACACCACCGGAAAGAGGCUCUGCGGACGAUGAGAAUGCAGGCUGCCUACCGCAAGGCCGAAGCCGCACACCCUCGUGAGGCUGAAGCACAAGCGGAGCAAAUCCGGAGCUUGGGACUGCUAAAUCGGUGA